AUGGCCCGGGCCGCGCCACCCGCGCUCCUGUUGCCGCUGUUGGGCCUCGCCGCCGCCACCGCCGCCGCCGCCGCCGCCGCCGCCGCCGUGGGCUGCCCUUCAUCCACGUGGGUGCAGUUCCAGGACAGUUGUUACAUUUUUCUUCAAGAAGCCAUCAAAGUAGAAAGCAUAGAGGAUGUCAGAAAUCAGUGUACUGACCAUGGGGCAGACAUGGUAAGCAUACAUAAUGAAGAAGAAAAUACUUUUAUACUGGAGACUUUGAAAAAGCAAUGGAAAGGCCCAGAUGAUAUCCUACUAGGCAUGUUUUUUGACACAGAUGAUGCCAGUUUCAAGUGGUUUGAUAAGUCAAAUAUGACAUUUGAUAAGUGGUCAGACCAAGAAGAUGGAGAGGAUCUAGUUGACACUUGUGCCUUUCUGCACACCAAGACAGGUGAAUGGAAAAAAGGAAAUUGUGAAGUUUCUUCUGUGGAAGGAACCCUUUGUAAAGCAGCUAUCCCAUAUGAAAAGAAAUAUUUAUCAGAUAACCACAUUUUAAUAUCAGCUUUGGUGAUCGCUAGCACAGUAAUCUUGACAGUUUUGGGAGCAGUCAUUUGGUUCCUGUACAAAAGAAAUUUGGACUCUGGUUUCACCACAGUUUUCUCAACUGCACCCCAAUCACCUUUCAACGAUGAUUGUGUUUUGGUAGUUGCAGAGGAAAAUGAAUAUGCUGUUCAGUUUGACUGA